CCUGCCCACGCCCCCCCCCCUCCUCCUCCCUGCCUCCCGCUCUGUAUUCCCUGGCCCCUCCCGGGAAAGGUCGCGCUCCUGGCUCCCCUAACCAUGACCAAUGCCGCCAUCGACUACCUGUCGGCCGACUUCGACGAGAUGUCGCUGGCCGACUACGACCACUCCAUCGAGACGAUAGAGGACACCCCGGACGAGGCCAAACAACUGCCUGCUUGGGCUUGCUCAUUCUGUGAAAACCACGAUCCCAUGUGCAUGGCCAAGUGCGAGGACUGCUCGCGCUGGUUCUGCAACAUGCGCCUCUCAACCAACCACCCGAGCCACAUCAUUUCACACAUGGUCCUGUCGCGCCACAAGACCGUCCGUCUGCACCCGGAAAAUAGCCUCGGCGAUUGUCUGAUCGAGUGCUAUGACUGUGGCGCCUCCAAUGCCUUCCUCAUAGGCUACGUCCUGUCCACCGAUCACACCUCCAUGAAGCUCCUGUGCCGAUACCGGUGCCAAAACAAGGUGGAUCAGAACUUCGACCGCACCAGCUGGGAGCCGGUUGUGCACGACUCGAUCUUUCGCUCGUGGCUCAUCAACAGCCCCAAGCCUUCGGAACGCCCGGAGCUCACCCUGCCGAAGUUGGCGCAGGUGAACCAGCUGAACAACUCCUUCAACACGGAUCACCUUUCGAGCCAGUCGAUUGCUCUGGUCAACUCGCUCAAUUCCGACGAAAAGCUCGCCCCAGUGCCUGAAGUUUUCGAGUCGGCCGAGCACUACCGGGACAUUUUUGUCCCAUUAGUCGAAUUGGAGCAGGCCCACUCGGUCAUGCUGUCGGCCACCGAGUUCGAGACCAAUGUCUCGGCUACGCUCCAACCCGAGGGAGACAGCUACAUCUUCCUUACCUCGGCCAGUCACCUCCGCGUUUCGAGUGGCUGUUUCCUUUCCAUCUCCCAUCCGGAUUGUGGUGAUCUUGUCCUUUCGGCCACGAUCAUUCACAUUUCCCACCAUCUUGACCAGAAGAUCAAGCUGUCUCUGCAGAUGGUGACCCCCGAACAUCGGCCCCUCUUCAAGAGGGAAUCCGGCUUCACCGUGAAACUCAGUGAGAAUCCCAUCCACUUCCUGCGUAUUCUCAAGGCUCUCAAGGCAUUCCCCAGCACCAAGGCCAUUGACCCUGUCAUUGUCAAGUGCCUGCUGGGGAUCGAUGUCGACGGGGAGCUCCCGGUCGGCUUCCGGCCCUUCAACAUGCCGGCGGACUUCUGCGCCCCGAACAUCAACAAGCCCAAUCACUCCCAGCGCCAGGUCAUGAUGAGUACCGUGUCUCAGCCUUUCAGCCUGAUUCAAGGACCCCCGGGUACCGGUAAAACCACCACCAUCGCCAAUUUGGUGUACUUCCUCAAGUCCCAAGGGCUGAGCAUUCUCCUGUCGGCCCCGUCCAACGUGGCGGUGUCCAACAUUUGUGGCCAGGUGGCCGCCACCGGGCUGGACGUCCUGUGGAUGGAAAGCGAGUCGCGCGAGUUCAUCACGUCCCCCAACAAGCAUCUGACCUUCCUGGAGAAGGCCAUGAAGCGGUCCCCCCGGGCCAGGGAGAUUAUCAUGCAGCGACGCAACAACUCGCACCUGACCGAUGAGCGUAACAACAAUGCCGAUCGGGAAUUCAUCGUCCGAAUGCGCCAUCGCCUGGUUAAUGAAGCCAAAAUCGUGGCGGCGACCCUCUCCUCGUCUGCCAACAUCGACCGGCAGUUCGAUGUGCUGAUCGUCGACGAGGCCACCCAGUCCACGGAUCCCGAAAUCCUGGUGGCUUUGAUGCACAAUCCGAUGAUGGUCAUCCUGGUGGGUGAUCAUUGCCAGCUGGGCCCGGUGGUCAUGAGCACCAGGACCAUGAAUGCCGGGCUGAAUCGGUCGCUCUUCGAGCGGCUGGUGCUGCAUGGCAGCAAGCCCCUGCGAUUGAACACCCAAUACCGCAUGCAUCCCUGCCUGUCGGACUUCCCUUCGGCCAGCUUCUAUGAGGGGUCCCUAUCGAACGGAGUCAAUGAACUCCAGCGCAAUCGCCCGGAUGUCAAGUUCCCCUGGCCGAAUCCGGACAAGCCGAUGAUGAUGUACUCGGACAAUGGCACCGAGGAUCUGUCCCCCUCGGGCCAGUCGUACAUCAAUGACUCGGAGGCGCGCCAGGUGUUGCUGGUGCUGAACCGGCUCCUGGACCAGGGGAUCCUGCCGGAGCAGAUCGGUGUCAUUUCCCCGUACGACGGCCAGUGCCGGCACAUUCGCUAUGUGCUGGCCACCUUUGGUGCCUUCCCGGAGGAGGUGUACAACAAGGUGGAUGUGGCCAGUGUCGACUCUUUCCAAGGGUCCGAACGGGAGUACAUCAUCCUGUCGACCACGCGCACACGGACCGUGGGUUUCCUGGCCGACACCCGCCGGUUGAAUGUGUCCAUCACCCGCGCCCGCUGUGGUCUCAUCAUCAUUUGCAACACCAACCUCUUGCGUCGGAACCACAUUUGGCGCUAUUUGAUCGAGCACUACAGCCACCAGGGGCUCCUGGUCAGUGGCAACCUCGACAGUCUGGUCCCCAUCCAGGUGAAGACUCGCUCGAGGACUCAGCGCAUGAGCAACUCCUCUCCGACCGCCAUUUCCAGCUCGACCGUGGCGCAGCUCCUGGACGAAUCGCUCAAGUCCGCCAGCACGGACACCAACCUCGGCUCCUCGCCGGCCGUCGCAUACCAGAAGGAGGAGAUUGAUUAUCUGAUGGCGGAGUUCGAGCGUUCUGGCUAGUGCGGCCGCCGACUUGCCCGCAUCUGCGCCCGCGUUCCCGUCGCAACACGCUCUUGACGCGCCCUCCACCGUGUCUUUGUCUGUGUGUGCGCGUGUGUGCGCGUGUGUGCGUGUGCAUACAUAUCUGCCUUUUGUAAAUCACUCCCUCUGCCUCGCUGGGCAGGACAUCAUCUUUUCUGGUACCCGUGGCCUGAGACCCGCCUGGGUGUGCUCCUGUGUGUGCUGGCGCAUGUGCGAGCACACGCAAACUCUCGCCCGUGCGGAGGACAACCAUGCGUGGACUCGGCCCUUCCAGGCGCGCAUGUGCGCACAUGCAUGUGCCUGCAUGUCUGUGUGCGCGUGUGCGCGUGUGCGCG